AGAUUAUUUGAACAACAAUUGCCCUUUAGUCAGAGAUUCUGUUGUGAGGUAUCUGGCACAGAAACUGAUGUCAGCUAGUGUACCAUUUCACGGUUCAAUGUAGGUUCUGGAUUUUAGUGCUGUGUUGAUAACUGACUGUAACAAAACUUUCAUGUACACUUGUCAGCUUUACACUAGUGAUAUUACAAGACUAAUGGGAAAAAAAACAUAUAUACAUAUUCAAGAAAAGCAUUCACGAAAAAAAAAACAUCUUACGCAUAAACUUGGUUGUUAGAGAUGCUAGAAAGGAGCAUAUUGAUGUCCAUACAAACACUGAAUCAUCCCCCAAUUCUAAUUGGUGAUGCCUUUAGAAAGAGAACACAUACUCAAUACAGAAAAAGAUCAUCAAAUUCAAGUAUAUCUUCAGUUUUUCUUACUGAUGAGAGUGGAAACUAUGAGGAACAAGGUAGUGCUACUUCUAUGCUAAGCCAACAAAACACUAUUGGUGUUAUAGGAGGAGUAUCAGUUCUAUCAACUCUUGUUUUCUUAGAAAAGCUAGCUUGUUUUGGUUCAAGGAAUGGUAAAGAAUGUCCACCUUUUGUUGUAUGCAGUGAUCCUGUGUUAACCAGGGUGCUUUCGUUGCGUGGUUCUUCUUUUCCUUCUGUUAGAAACAGAAUGAAUCACAUUAAAUUGAAUCAGGAGCUGGUGGUUCAGAAUUUGCGGCACAAAAAGAACAUUCUUCAGCAGUCUGGAGCUUGUGGUUUCGCCUUGCCUUGUCAUCUGUCACAUGCUUGGCAUAGUGAAAUUUCUCAGGACAGUUCUCUACCUUUUCUUCAUGUUGGUGAUUGUGUAGCCACAGAACUCAAGAAUGCUAAGUUGAAGCCUAUUCAUGCUGCAAAUACCGUCCGAAUUGGACUGCUCACUACAGAUCCGUCCUUUGUAGUAUGUUAUUACCAAGAUAAGCUUCAAAGUCAGGGUUUUGAAGUAGUACUGCUAGACAAAGCAACGGAGGAACAUAUACUAGUACCUGCAAUGGAGGCUUUGCAGAGAAAAGACAUAGAAGGAGCAAGGAAUUUGCUGAGAAUUGCAAUCCAUGUUCUUUCGGUAAGGGGAGUGAAUGUGGUGAUACUGGCCUCUGAUGAUUUGGUGGGAAUUCUGCCUCACAAUGAUCCUCUUCUUAGGAAAUGUAUAGAUCCUAUGGAUGCUUUGGCCAGGUCAACUAUACAUUGGGCAGAAACAACAGCAAAGGUUGACUUGCUAUUAAGGUAGUAGGUGGUGCAUCAAUGGCAGAAACUGAUGUUGGAAUGAUGAUAGCUUUUGUUGAAUUUGCUACGGCACCCGCAAUUUCAGCUUCGACGCGCCCACCAAAAGCUUGUAACUCUGAUUUGCAAGACAACCAAUGUUAGAAGGAGAUAGAUGAAAACCAAACAGUUUCAAUUGUUAUAAUCACCUUACUUCUAUAAUGUAAUUUUUGUUAACAAAUCACAAUAUGCAAAUUCAUGUUAUCACCA